UCGAAAAAUACACAGAAUACAACAAAGAAAGCUAAAAGGAAUGAAAAGUUUUCAACAUCACUUUUCGAAUUUACAAAAAAAGUUCAUCUUUGGUUUACAAGACCACGUGUAUCCCAUUCCUGGAAAUGUCAAUGCAACAGUGGAGGUGCUAGUAUGGACAGAUCUUUCGUAUAUCAGUUCAUUUCAUCAACUGGUUCACCAUCCUCAUGUGGAAACAGAUAUUUUGAAGUAUGUGGCUACAGUUGUGCACGCGGGAAAUGAAAUGUUUCACAAUGGAAUAAAGGAUCCGUCAUUGAAUAUCUCGGUAUUCUUAACAGGUGCUGUAAUUUGUAAGUCAGCAAACUGCAGUAAAUUUACCUCAGACUUACUACAUAAUGGAACUGUAGAGAACCACAGGGCUUUGGACUUGUUUGCGGAGACUCUAGCGUCGACCUAUAGUAACCAUACGCUCAGGUUCCACUAUGAUUAUGCAGUUGCCUUCACUCGAUACGAUUUAGUCGACGUAAGCGGUACACCGAUUGGUGUUUCUUUUACCGACGAUAUCUGCUCAAUAAAAAACGGGAAAUCAUCAUCAAUCAUUGAAGAUCAAGGAGGCUUCACUUGUAUAGGGACUUUUGUUCAUGAAAUGGCCCACACUUUAGGCUCAGAUCAUGAUGGUUGGUUUCGUGGACAGGAGUGUGAUCCCAACAAUGGUUACAUAAUGGAUGUCGUGUCGCCGCUAACCGUUAAUGGCUUCUAUUUCUCUCAAUGCACGGUCAAUUCAAUCAAGAAAAACCUACUUAGACCCGAAGCCUUGUGUGUUCUGGAUAAGCCUCGGAUAAAUCAUCACUAUGACGUUUUGACUAAAGAUGCUCCUGGUCAAAUCUACAACGUCUCCGAACAAUGUCGUCAAAUUUAUGGAACGUCUUUUUGUUUGAGCGUCGGAACGACAUUGGAAGACAUUUGCCAUAAAUUGUACUGCUGGGAUCCAGUGCUUUCCAACGUCUGUUCAACAAAGUCUUCUGCCGCCCCCGGAACGUCUUGUGGACAUAAAAAGUGGUGUAUGAAUGGCGUGUGUGUUCACGAUGAUCGAGCACCAUAGCUUUAC